AUGACUGAACUCCAGUCUGUGAUUCCCCAGAUGCUUACAGUAAUUGCAAUUGUACUCUUUUGUCAGGGAACAUUUAGAUUCAAAGUCAAAGUUCCACAACAAGCCAAAUCAUUCAAAAAAUCUGAGGACAUGAUCAAUGAACAUUCCAAAUCAACUAUUAUUGGAGUUGACAAUUUCAAAACAUCACUUAUCAUUGGAAUGCCACUCAUUCAUGCUCUCUUUGAUCAAGCUGUUCAGUUCAAAUGUACAAUUGGUAGCAAGAAAGCUCUGGGUAGCUCAUUUUGUAACAUGACACUUUACUUGAAACUCUGUGGUGUCAAACUCAAAAACACCAAACCGGCUUUGACGGAUCUUAGCAAGCGUACUGUUGGUGCCUCAUUGACAAUUAGCGCAGAGGACAUACUAAAGGGUCCUGAAGAUGAUUCAAUCACUUGGCUCCUGGAGGCUUGUGCUACCUUUGUUUCUCUUCAUUCACAUUCAAGACAACUUCUUAAAUACCAAUCCAUGCUUUGCAAGUCUUUUGUCAUGGUUGUAGUAGUUGCUAUCAAAGGAUGCUCUUGA